AUGAUUAUCUUACGAUUGCUGCUCGUUGGACAAUCGGCCGCUUUCUUCUUCCCUGUGGGUGGAGGUGGUGGAUGCCAAUGUGCUACAUGUCCGCAGCUUGCCACCUGUCCACCAACGCCAGCCUGCGCCAUUCCGUUACCUUGUCCUACAGCAUCAAACUACGCUGUGCUUGCGACUCCAGCCGAGUCGUUUUACCAGGGAACAUAUCACCAAACGCAACCCAUUGCCCAAUCGGUAUCUGAACAAAUUGCAAUUCCUGCUGCUCAACAGCAGCUGCUUCCAGUCCCGACCUAUUUAACUUCUGAGGCUAGCGCUCCUCAACCACUACCAUCCCAAGAUCCCACGUACUAUUCCUCAUCCUCUGCCUACCAGACGGUGCAACCGGUGUAUUAUCCUUCUGUACCCGUACCAACAGCCGCUUACACUGCUUCGGAGUCUCAUUACAAUAAUCCUGUGCAGCCAAUUCGUCCCGUCCAGACAGUGUCCAUUAUUGAUGAUGUUGGGUCAGGUUCAAGUCAGUACUCAACACUGAAGUCGACACCAGCUACACUGAACACGUACAGUACUGACGCGCAAGACCAUAGUUCUAUUGUCACAUUCGAUGACUCGUCUCCGGCUCUUCCACCACCUGUCCCAAGUUCACCUCCCAUAUCGUCAUCAUCUUACGACUAUAAGAGCCCAACAAACGAUGUCACAGAUCUCACUAUUCAGGACAACACAGCCGAGCUAGUUCCAGCUGCGACAACUGUCGCUCAGAGCUCCUCCUCAAACGCUUCUCCUGGUCUUAAAUUUCCAGUAGCGCAGGCAACGGACAGAACUUUGUACGACGAUCUGAUCUCCGCAGAUGCAGAUUCAACCUUCUUCCUCGGCAUCAAAACAUGA